AUGCUUGAUCUCAAGCCAACUAUCUUGGGCCAGUCCUUCUUAUUCGUCUUGCUGUCUCUGUUUACCUGCGCUGUCACGUUCCUCCUGCAACGUCACUGGACUUCCAUUACUUCUGAAGGUUCGAACGAUCUUGAGGUUGCUGCACUGAUCGUAUUGGGCUGCUUUUUGUGUGGCUUGUGGUUCUUCGUCCUUCAUCGCGAGAAGAGGAAGUCAAGUCCUGCACCUGACUUGGAACCCACCGUUCCCAUUGUCUCUAGUGCCACCUGGAGUCAGGACCCCUUUGCGUUUCUUGUGAAGCACUCGGGUUCUGGGAACUAUGCGUUCAGGAAAAAUGGUGUCAUGCAUCUUGUUGUUCAGAGUCCUGAUCAGAUACGGGGGAUCUUUGAGCAUGUCGGGUCGGAGCUUGACCGCUUUCCCAACAACCAGAAGCGGUUUCUGCGUGGCGAACGCAGCCUUGAGUUCCUUUUUGGCGAGGAACACAAAACUCGAAAGCUCGCAGUUGUUCAUGCCAUGGACUUCAAUUCCUUCCGCCGGCACAUGUACACCCUUUCUACCUUGAGUGCUGCUUACGCGCGGCGGCUGGAUGGGUGUGACGCUGGCCAGUGUAAAUCGGUGUUGAAGAAGUUUGGACUGGCUGCGGUCUCUGUGAUAAUCCUGGGAAAGCAGCUGACUGCUGUUGAGCUGGAAGAGUACCUGAGGCUGUUCCACCAGCAUUUCACGGGGCUCAAGGCCACGAGAAAGUGGAAUAUUCCUGGAACUACGUAUUUCCAAGGCACACAAGCUAAGAAGGAGUUAGAGCGGCGUCUUCGGCUUCGAGUUCGCAAGUGCCGCCGGGCUAACAAUGACGACGACUCCGAGUCAGUAUUAUUCCGACUUGCGAAAAGUGAUCUGCCCGAAGAUGACAUUGUUGACAACCUGCUGAUGCUCUGGGCUGCGGGAUUUGAGCCCGUUCGCAUCACCUUGGCAUGGAUUUUGGCGUUUCUCGGAACCCACCCUGAGGUGAAGCAACUUGUUCAACAAGAGGUCGAGGCACUGGCAACUCGCUUUUGCGCGGACAAGUGGGACAGCAGUUCUUCUGAUGCCAUAUGGGAAGCUGUCCGUUCCAUGAAGUACACUGAGUGUGUCUUGUACGAAACUCUUCGGAUGCGCCCGCCUGCCACUCACGUUUCUUUUGGGAUUAAUCCUCGCCUGUCCUCCUAUCGCGUUGGUGAAGCUGUUGUGCCAGCCGGCUGGCGAAUCAUAUGUGGCUGGACUGGGACUUUUAAUGAUCCGCGCGUCUUUGAAGCUGCGGAGAGUUUUCGUCCCGAGCGAUUCGAGCACGAUCCUUCUCCACUGGGCUUCACUCCCUUUGGCGGAGGAAUCCGCCGGUGCCCAGGUCGCUUUUUUGUCAAGUAUGAAAUUUUACUCUUCCUCUUUGUCCUUUUCCAGCACCACAGGCCGCACAUCCAAGCCACCACCACGCCAACCAUGGAUAAACCCAACGUUUCGCCGCGAGAUUUGCUCAUCACUCUUGGUCCUUGA